AUGGUUUCUCAGCCUUUUGUCGUGGUGCUCAGCCAUGGCUCUUACCAUACACCCGCUCCAUAUCAGCCAUUUGUAGAUGCUUUGAUUGAGCAAGGCAUCGAAACAUAUUGUCCCCAGCGACCUACCUGCGACCUCAGCCAGCUGAAUGUCGGGGACGUUAACAAUCCCAAUUUCGAUCGUAAGGCUCCCCCAGGAGGAUACCCACUCCCUGCAGAUGAUGCGGCAGAGAUUGGUCGCCUGGUUGACAGCCUGAUUGCGGAUGGAAAGUCGGUUCUGCUUGCUGGACAUUCUUCUGGUGGUUGGGUGGCUGCCGAAGCAGCAACAUCUGUCCGACAAGCCUCCGUGCGCGCAAAGGAGGGCAAGACCGGCGGCAUCAUCGGGCUAUUCUUCAUUGGAGCAUUUAUUAUCCCCGAGGGUCAAUCUGUCCACAGUUUCUUCCAGCCUGCCGAUGGCAACAUCAUUACACCUCCAUUCAUGCGAUUCCACAAAUUUGGUGUCGACGGCCUUGGAACUAUGGUCGAGCCUGAGAAAUUCUUGUUCAAUGAUCUCGACCAGGCGACCGCUGAAAAGUGGGCGGCUACCUUGACUGCAGCUCCCGUCAUGAACAGUCCUCUGACCCAUAACCCCUAUGCUGAUCUACCAUGUGCGUACCUGGUAUUGGAAAACGACUGUACUUUGCCAAAGGAGUAUCAAGAAGGCAUGGCCGCAAGUCAGGAGAAGCCCUUCACAAUGUACCAUGCGCCUUGCGGACACUCUCCCCAUCUGAGCUGGACAACUGGUCUUGUCAAGACGAUCCAGGGGUUCGCUCACCAGAUCAUAGCUUGA